AUGGCCGCCACGAAGGACAAGACGCCGCUGGUGCACGACAGCGACAGCGAUGAGGCGCCCGAGGUCGUGACCAAGCAGAGCGCCGCCGAGCAGGCGCGCUCGCUGCAGCGCCAGGAGGACGAGGCCAAGGCGCAGGCCAAGGCGCUGGCCAAGAGGAAGCGCAAGAGCAAGCAGGAACCCAAGAAGGAGGUGGAAGUGCCCGAGCUGCCCGACGAUGUGCUGUCGGCUGUUGCGGCCCACCACGAGGAGGAGGAGCAGCUGGAGCAGCAGGAGACAAAGGCCGAGAUCCGCGCCAAGAAGCGGAAGCAGGCCAAGGUCGCUGAGCUCAUGAAGAAGAAGACGCACACCCGGCAGUUCGGCAACAUCGAGGUGCAGACGCUGGACGCUGCGGAGAACGCCCAGACGAGGGAACUGUCGGAGAGUGCCAAGGAGUUCCUGGAGCGACGCAACGCGCCUAACAGACCCAGGAUGAACGUGCUGGAGGGACAUCACUCGCAGUUCACCAAGAAGCAGAAGCUGCGCAGCCAGCGGUCCGCAAACGAAAAUGAUCGUAGAGGCGAAGACAAUGCCCAGUACUCAGCCGUGGGCUGCGAAACUGGGCGAGACACAACUGAAGAAUUGGCUGGGCUAGGAAACAGCGCAGGAGGCGAUGUUGUGGAAAACCUCUUGACCAACCCGCUGCUGAGUAACGGGGUCAACCACGCGAACUCAGUUGUGCUUCCAAAGCUGAAGACCUCCAAGCUCACAGAUGCCGUCGACAGACUCAUGACCGCGGAGAAAUUGUUGUCUCCCGUUCAGAUGAUUUGCUUUCGAGCCCAGAUAUCCUUCUGUCAGAUCCGGGUUGUUUGCGAACGUACAUUUAUCAAGAUGAAGCAUCUGCAAGAACGCGAAGGUUCGAGCAGCGGUGAAGCUGAGGGAGAGGUAGAAGGACGACUUACAGAGGCGCCAACGAGCCUGGAAAUAGAGGAGAAAGCAGAGAAACAAGGGUUUCAUGGUCUUCAGAGUGCUGUGGAUUUGGUGUACGCUCUCCAACGACUGACGGAAAACUAUCGCGAAGACGACCUAAUUCGACUGUACAACGAGGGCGCCGUGGGUAUUACCGUAAGCAUCAGCACAUAG